AUGUGUCGUUGUUUAUUCCCGGUGGCCAAGUUACUAUACCUGUGUGCUGUUAGUGCUGUGUUGUGCCAAGCUCAGUUAUGGGCGUCUGCGCCCCGUGUGCCUGGAUACCCUUAUCAACGGGUUCCUGCAGUGCCCACUGCGUCACCUUCUGCCCCUGCGGCGCCCGUGUGGCCAUCUACAUGGAAUAUUUCUCCUGCACGCCCUCCAUACCCACCUUACGGAGCCACAGGAGGAAUGCCGAGGGCACCUCUGCACGGUGACCUGGCGUGGACGAGUGCAGCGCCGAGGGCACCUCCUAAAACCUCGGCAGGAGGAGCACCGUGGAGACCAGGCUAUAACCUACUUAAGACGCCCUCGCAUGGCGAUCCUGUAGCUCCUCUUCGAGGCGCCCCUCCCCCCGCGCAAGGCUGGGCUGGCCUCGGAUACCACCCCUGGAGACGCCCUUCCCCGGAGGCAGAAAAGAGGCUCGAUUCUGCAUACUUUUUCUACGCUGUCUACCACAACGCCACUCAUCACAAGAACAUCCGUGGAAUCAACAAGGCAAACCCCAACUGCAUAUUUAACAAUUAUUCCAUCUACUGGUACUACAUCUGCCAUACCAACAACCACGCCAUCUGCCAUACCAACAACCACACCAUCUGCCAUACCAACAACCACACCAUCUGCCAUACCAACAACCACGCCAUCUGCCAUACCAACAACCACGCCAUCUGCCAUACCAACAACCACGCCAUCUGCCAUACCAACAACCACGCCAUCUGCCAUACCAACACGCCAUCUGCCAUACCAACAACCACGCCAUCUGCCAUACCAACAACCACAUCAUCUGCCAUACCAACAACCACGCCAUCUGCCAUACCAACAACCACUAAUAGACCUUUAAAAACCUCACCUGCCGCAAACACGCCUCCAGCAACUUCAGCAUCUACCUCUACUACAUUUUCUACAACUACAUCGACUUCUAGUGCACCUUCGUCUACCACAUCUACCUCCACUGAACUUUCAUCUACAUCUGCCUCUACUAUACCUUCGUCUACUACAUCUACCUCUACAGCUCCUUCAACAACUAUGUCAUCUACCUUUACUGCAUCUUCAUCUACUACAUCUAUCUCCAUUACACCAUCUACUAUAUCUACCUCUACUGCACCAUCAACAACCUUGCCAUCUACCUCUACUGAACCUUCAUCUACUACAUCUACCUCUACUGAGCCUUCAUCUACCUCUACUGAACCUUCCCCUACUACAUCUACCUCUACUGAACCUUCCCCUACUACAUCAACCUCUACUGAGCCUUCAUCUACCUCUACUGAACCUUCCCCUACUACAUCUACCUCUACUGAACCUUCCUCUACAUCUACUUCUACCGAACCAUUAUCUACAUCUACUGAACCUUCAUUUACUACAUCUACUCCACCCUCAACAAUUAUGUCAUCUACUAUAUCUACUUCUACUCCACCCUCAACAACUACGUUGUCUAUCUCUACUGCACCUUCAUCUACUACAUCUACCUCAACUGCGCGUUCAACAUCUACCUCUACUACACCAGCCCCAACUACCCCUCCAACAACCACACCUACACCUUCUACACCCCCAUCGUCCACAACAACUACUGCAUCUACAACUGCCUCUCCUGCCGCCGCCCCUCCCGCCGACAGCACUGCAGGACUCGUACGGAGCGCCUCUCUGCUGCAUGUCCUGAGCAUCCUGUCUCGAGCACCGCUGCCCUCGCGUCGGGAAUCAGGAAGCAGGAACUUGCCUCCGCCUGUCGUCCCUUCGUCGUCGUCCUCUGGCAGCGACGGGGGAGCCUUGGGAGUGGAGGAGUCGCUAGUCAUGCAGUCGCUCUCAGCUCUCGUGGCUGCGCCGAUUGCUUUUAGGGUCACGACUCCGCGCACGCAGGGCCCCUUAGUCCCGGCUACGUCGCCCACCACCAUCGCCCGACCUGCCCCUGCUACGACGUCUCCCCACAGUACUCCUGCUGCAACUGCCUCGUCCGGCUCUGGUGCCACUACGACGCCUGCCACCACCACUGCCACUGUCAACAGCCCGGCGAGGUCUUCAGCACCCACGUUCUCAACAUCUUCCACAAUCUCUACUACAACCCCAGCAACGCCCACAACUUCUGCCACAGUUACAGUUCCUGACACUACCCCAAAACCGAAUACGACUUCAGUCUCAACUGCAAUGCCUACCACCACUUCAGACUCGACCUCCCCCUUGACGCCAUCGACAUUCUCCAUAGCUAUAACACCUGCCCCAACUUCAACUUCAAGUGAGACGCCCGACUCGUCCACAAUCCAUGGUACCUCUCCUGCUUCCAGUUCAACUUCGUCUCCAACCCCAGCCACGCACCCAGCCUCGCCCGCAACCUCUGCCGCCGCCCAAUCUACAUUCGCCACGCCAACAGCCACCUCCGGCAUUGGGUUGUCCCCAGCAGCGCCUCCCACCGACCCCAGCACCGAAGCCUCAAGAGGAACCGUGAAAAUCCCUCGUUUCAUAUGGGUAGUAAUUUACACAGUGGUUAUCGCGAUGACGCUUAUAGUCAUACUGACGGUGGCGUCGCUCGUCGAACAUUACGUGAAGGAUCUGAAGAAUAACACACACGAACGAAAGUGUUCUUGCGAAGAGUGUCCGGGCGGCGAGGAAUGUACACGGCUCUGACGUUAAAAUAGUGAAGGAAAAUGUUGAAGAUUGUCUUUUAUGUGUGUUACAAUUACCUGUUGCCAUAACUGAACUUUGUAGGGGAGCGCGUUUCCCCAUUGCCUCCCCGUGUGAUUCCUUAUGCGAUCGGCCCUGACAUUAUUCCUGGAGACAUAUGAGGACGCGUAUUGGCCUCAGAAAUGUUUUACGGUGAACGAAUUGUAUAUUACAAAAUAAUUAUUGUUUCCUCAUCAAAUAAAGAGUGAAAAAUA